ACACACACACACACACACACACACACACACACACACACACACACACACACACACACACACACACACACACACACACACACACAUUCCUCUGACGGAGCAGCACACACACCAAUAGCAGAGGGCCCAGGACAGGCAAUAAGCAGGGAGGGACUUCCUUCAGGUCCUCUGUAGUUUGGUGACACGUAACUAAAGCUAAAGGUGUCGUGCAAAGCUAAAAGGGUGAAAGUAAACAGAGCUGUAUGGGAAAGUUUUUCUCCAUCCUGGGAAUGGAUAUUUCAUACCUGAGAAUCUGCUUCUGUCUCACCCGGAAAGCCUUGCUUUAAUAUUCAGCUCUUUGGAAUGUAAAGCCCAUAAGAGGGCAAAGUUUUGGAGAAAGUAUAUGUUGUAUAUGUUCAGUGUGGAGAACAUGGGCAGUGGGGUUUGCUCCAGAAAGCAAAGGAAAAUCUUCCAGUCGUUGCUUUUUACCACUGUGGUUUUUGUCCUCAUUUAUGGAGGAAUGAUUUGGUAUGAAAUGCACCAGCAGCUGAAGAGGACAGAAGCUCUGGCUCUGAAAUACCAGCAGCACCAGGAGUCUCUCUCAGCCCAACUACAAGUGGUGUAUGAGCAUCGGUCCAGGCUGGAGAAAUCGCUCCAGAAAGAACGACAAGAGCACAAAAAGUCCAAAGAAGAUUAUCUGGUUUAUAAACUGGAGGCUCAACAGUCACUGAAUAAGGAGAAGCAAGAUGGCAGCAGCAGGUUAAACUCUCUUCACACACAGCACCAGAUGCUCAAGAAUCAGCAUGAGGAGCUGAAAAAGCAGUUCUAUGAGCUGCAGGAGCAGCAUCACACUCAGGUUGAAGACCACAGUAAGGUUCUGGAUGAACACCAGCAAAGAUACGAUAGAUUACAGCAGACUAAAGAGAUUGAGCUGUCGAAACUCAAAGAAAGUAUUUAUAACCUACGGGAGGAGAACAGGCAGCUGAGGAAGGCUCAUCAGGAGAUCCAUGUGCAGCUUCAGGACACAAGGCAACAGCACAAGAGCUUAAAAGCAGCCCACGAUCAGCUUGCAUUGACCCUGGAGGACCACAAGAGUGCACUAGCGGUGGCUAAGGGCCAGGUGGAUGAGUAUAAGCAGCUGAAGGAGACUCUGAAUAAAAUGCCGAGCCUGAAGAAGCCUGAAGAACCUCAGCCUGCUGUGGCUCAGAUCAAACAGGCAGAGCAGCACCAGAAUAUAGAGCAGCGGGGGCAGAACCGAGAUGAGAGAAAAGAGGAAGGAGCACAGGAAGAAGAGAGGAGGCACGAAGGCUUGGAUCAGCCUCAUGCAACAGAACAGCGUGAUCACCUUAACCAUGAAGAAGAAGAAGAAGAAAAAGAAGAAGAAAAAGAACCAGAACGAAACCUGCCUGAUGAAAAUGCGUUAGAGCGGGACAGUCACAUUGCCCAGCCGAUGAGUCCUACUCAGGGAAACCACAUCAAAUCUGCUUACGAGCAGCAGCAGGAAGAGCAGCGACGUUUAGCUGCACGAUUGGAGGAGGAACAGCAGCAGCUGCUUCAAAGACAGGAGGAACUGCAGAAGAAACGGGAGGAGAGAGAGCGAGUGGCGAGACAGACGGAGGAGAAAGAACGGCUAGAAAAGGAAAGGGAGGAGAGUGAACGGCUGGAAAGGGAGAGGGAGGAGAGAGAACGGAUGGAAAGGGAGAGGGAGGAGAGAGAACGGAUUGAAAGAGAGAUGGAAGAGAGGAGGCAACGAGAAGAGCAGCAGCACAGGCAACGCUAUGAACAGCAGCGCCAAGCGGAACAGAUCAGGAAAAAAUCACUGUAUGUAAAUAUGGAGCCUGAGGUUGCCCAUCAUGAAGAAGAACAUAAUGUCCAUCAUGUGGAAGUGCAGGGGCAAAAGGAAGACAAGCCUGUGCAACAUGAAGAGCAAACCAUGGAGGAGGACAUCGAUCCCGCUGACGAUCCCAACAAUCAAGGAGAGGACGAGUUUGAGGAAGCUGAACAGCAGGUCCAUGAGGAAGAGGUGGACGAAGAGCCGGUGCCUCCCAGACAUGCUGACCCACACUUGAUCAAAGGGAAUCAGCAGCAGGCUCCUGCUGAUGAACAGCUGGUGAUGGCAGGAAACCCAGACCAGCAGGAAGACAAUUUGGAGGAGCAAUAUCAGGAAGAAGGGGAAGAUGAGGCUCAGGAAGAUUUGGCUGUGGACCAGCAACAGGAAGAGAAAGGAGAAGAAGAGGCAGAUCCUUACAACGAAGAGAAUGGAGAGCAAGAUGAAGCUAGAGAUCAGAAGGAUAGAGGGUCAGAGAAACAUGACGCCAGAGAACCGAACGAGGAGGAAAACUAUGAGGAGGAAGAGGAGGAGCCAGAGGAAGAGGCCAAUCACCGGGCAGAGAUGUGAACCUUUUUUUUUAAUGUGUCCUUUUUGUUACUGUAGCGGGAUUGAACUGUGUAAAGCAGUGAUUCCACUGGAACUAUCCUCUUCUUUUGCGGUAAGACAUUCUCGAGCUGGACAUACAAGACUGAUCGAAAUCUGCUGUUCUGGAUAAAUAUAUAUUUCUGUUCACUGUGCCUUUAUUUUGCUAAUUUGUAAAUGGAGCACUGUAUAAUUAGAAACCUGAGCAUUCUGCUUUUAAACGGUCAGGAUUUUAGAACAACGCUGUAGACAGAAUGAUUAUUAUAACUUGUUUUCCUUUUUUUUUUAGCUUUUUAUAUUAUGUUUUUAAGAACCGUCAGUGUCACUACAUGAAUGUUCAUUAUUUGUUGGCAGAUGGGUGUUCCUAAAGAUCAUAUUUUAUUUUAUCGUAAGUGUUGAAUACUUUUUUGGGGUGAAAACAUAUAAAGAAACUAUGUUUAGCUGCUACAAACUAAAGUAGAGCAAGUCAAAUCUGAGAUCUUUAAAAUUUGGCUUUUGGGUCACAUUUGAAUGUUGUAUUUCUGUCUGUUUUUCUUUCUUUCUUAUUUCAUAUUGUGUUGAACGUUGGAUUCGGCUCUUGUACUGAACCUAAACUCUAGUUACUGUGGAAGUGAGCACAAUCAAGUCUCCACUUAGGACCUCAGAAGUCUUGGAUAGAAAUGUAAAGCUCAUGAGAACAUACUGUGUUAAUGAUGACAUUGAAACACCUUGAUUUAACAACAAGAAACGCAUGCUAAUUUUGGAAUGAAAACCUUUUCACAGUCUCUGUUUAAAUGCAAUCAGUGGUGUGAAUAUGUGACAAAAGUAUAAAAUGAAACCUAUUUUACUGCAGUAAUCAUUUUGUAAGCAUAUAUCCUUUUGAUAAUUUAUGAGCUACUGAAGCGUAACGUUUCUCAUUAUUAACCUAGUAUCUGGUAUGGAAAUGACGAUCUGCUCAUGCAACUACCACUCUCUGACAGACAUUUCCUAAAUAUUGUGUGCCACAUGAAACAUUCUGAAUCAUAUCAAAGACUCAAGCCAUGAUGGAAACCUGAUCCAUACAUCUAUGCUUUUCUAACCUAAAAAGAAUGGACUGGUGUUCUGUUCAGGCUGUAUUUCUCCCUCGUCUUCUCAGUCCCAAGUUUCAGUUUACUCUAUAUGAAUGAAUCAACUAGCAUUCAGAUGUUUAACAAUUAGAGUUUAGACAGCAAAUCUGUCUAAGCAAAUCUUGGCUAAAGGAAUGUUUACAUUUAAAUUUUUGGCCAAACUAAAGGCUUAAAUAUCCUCAGCUUGUGCACCAGCAUAAUUACUCUAAUGACAGGUGUGUGCCAACAUUACAGUAUAAUAAUAUAUCUAAAAAUAAUUCUUUAUUAAUCAGAGUGAUGCUUCUGUCUGCCACAUACAGUGCAGAGCUGAUGUACAGUACUUAAAUUCCUCCAGAAUAGUAUACAAGACCUUGUUUUUAUGCUGCUUUCUAAAUGUGACAGAAUUUCUCUGGAGAAAUAAUCCUGGCCAGCAGAAUCAAAUACUGCAUCCCUGCAUAUUACAUGUGUAGAUAAUAACAUGGAGUUAUGGAGUGAGUCAUGGAGUGAGUCAUAUAACACUUAAGGUACCUGUUAAGAGAGAGAUAACUCUGCACAUAUAUUUGAAACCUAUUUAAAACGAGCACUGGCAAAAAUCGUACCAUAACGUUGCUGAUUAUUAUUCUUUUUAUUAUUCCUUUAUUAUUAUUAUUAUUAUUAUUAUUAUUAUUAUUAUUAUUAUUAUUAUUAUUAUUAUUAUUAUUAUUAUUAUUAUUAUUAUUAUUAUAUUUUCUUUUCUUUUUUUUGCUGUAGUUUAUUCAACUGAAUACUGAACCCAUCUUACUGGUUUAUGAAGAUGUUUAGGCUUUUGAAUGUGUCACCGCAAACUAUUUUAUUUAUUUUGCCAAAUCUUAUUAUUGUUAUGAUAAAGAAAAUCUCCCUUCAUUGACAAAAUGCUUCUUUACUUUAUCAUGUAUAAUAUUUUACCCCCAUGAAUCUGCCACAUUUGUUACAGUUUGUGAUGUUGCGAGAACAAUCUUUUAGGUAAAGGUUAAUGUGUUUAAUGUUUAAAACACUGUAUUAAAAUAAGACACUUUAUAUAUGAA